AUGACGGUCAGCAGCGACUUCUACGAGGCGGUGCGCGAUGGAGGGUCGGCGUACAAGUUCUACCUCGAUGGGGAGUGGAAGACGUCCACCAGCGGCAAACACGUCAAGAUUAUCAAUCCCUCCACCAAUGCUCCCUGCUUCAGCGUGCAGGCCUGCACGCAGCAGGAGGUGGACGCAGUCUUCCAGUCCGCCAAGAAGGCCCAGAAGGCCUGGGCCCGCACCCCGCUGUGGCGCCGCGCCGAGUUCCUGCACCGCGUGGCGGCGGUGAUGCGGGAGAAUGCGCAGCCCAUCGCCGAUGUGCUGGUACAGGAGGUGGCCAAGCCCGCGGUGGAUGCCUACACGGAGGUCAUCCGCAGCGCCGACCUCAUCUCAUACACUGCAGAGGAGGGGGUGCGCUUCUUUGGGGAGGGCAAGAUGCUCACCAGUGACUCCUUCCCCGGCCAGGACCGCACCAAGCUGUGCCUGGUGUCAAAGGUGCCGCUGGGCGUGGUGCUGGCCAUCCCGCCCUUCAACUAUCCGGUCAACCUGGCAGUGAGCAAGAUCGCCCCGGCGCUGAUGGCGGGCAACAGCGUGGUGCUCAAGCCGCCGACCCAGGGCUCGGUGGCGGGCCUGCUCAUGGUGCAGUGCUUUGCCGCAGCGGGCCUGCUCCCCGGCCUGCUCAACUGCGUCACAGGCCGUGGCAGCGAGAUUGGCGACUACCUGACCACCCACCCGCUGGCCGCCGCCAUCUCCUUUACUGGCGGCGACACGGGGCUGGACAUCUGCCGCAAGGCGGGCAUGGUGCCCAUCCAGAUGGAGCUGGGCGGCAAGGACGCCGCCAUUGUGUGCCAGGAUGCUGACGUGGAGGCCGCCGCCCGGCACAUCGCCAAGGGCGCCUUCAGCUACAGCGGGCAGCGGUGCACGGCGGUCAAGGUGGUGCUGGUGCACGAGGCCGUGGCCGACGAGCUGGUGCCUCGCGUGCUGGCCGCGGUCAAGAAGAUGAGCGUGGGCAUGCCCCAGGACAACGCCCAUAUCACGCCCGUCAUUUCCGAGGCGUCGGCAAACUUCAUCGAGGGACUGGUCAAGGACGCGGAGGCCAAGGGGGCCACCCUCUGUACGGGGCCGUACCGCCGCGAGGCCAACCUCAUCUGGCCCGUAGUGCUGGACCACGUCACCCCCGACAUGCGCAUCGCGUGGGAGGAGCCCUUUGGCCCCGUGCUGCCCAUCAUCCGGGUAAAGAGCGAGGAGGAGGCUGUGGAGCACGUGAAUGCCAACCGCCUGGCGCUGCAG